GAGAUUGGAUGGUUCAUGGGGUUUGGCAAAACCAAACCGCCAUUCUUAACUUGGAGUGAGUUACGUUCAGCUCCGUUGCAGUGUUCACGGAAGGUAUGCCUCAUAAAUCUGAUAACCUCUGAUCCUGUUUUGGUGAACAGAGAAUGUCAUAGCUCACUGUAUUUAUGGAUAAGAGCACAGAUCAUACGCCACCACACAAAGUGUACUUGACGGUCACAGCAUAGCGAUCGCCGGAUGUGACACAAAACGACAUUUCAAGGGUUUGUGCUACUGGGAUGAAGACCACCACCCAAACCUGGUACAUGAAGAAACAGGGCAGUAUAUCAGGACCUUUACUUGUUUCUAGGGGGAAUCAGCACUUACCAUGAAGCAUGAUCCAUAACUGAGAUUUAAUUUACCUGGAUCCUGUUAAUUCCCUGAAUUCAGUGUGCAUUCAGCUGUUGGUUGCAACAUGGAUCAUAUUUUGGCCAGGCUGGGCUAGAGUGCAAACGCACACAGCACAUGUGAGAGAGAGAGAGAGAGAGAGAGAGAGAGAGAGAGAAGGGAGAAAGAACAGUUGCAGUUGUCGAAGAUCUUUGCUGCUGACAGACAAUGGGGUAUUGCACUAUUGCUGCUGAAGUCAGGGAAAGCAGUAGUUAAGAACCCUGUUUCAUUGCCGUUUAUGAAUGAGAGUCACUCAAUGGUCAGCUAUGUUGCUGUUUUCAUUGAAGGUAUACUAUAAACCACUCACAAAUCUGACAAACCUCUGUUGAACUGAAGCUGCUGGUUGCCACAUGAAGCAAUGCUGGGGCCGGGCCGGGCUGGGCUCAAGUGCAAACAGAUACAGGUGCGCAAGAGCAACGUCCAACGUGCGUGCGCCUCCGAUACCACCGAGGCGAGCAGAAGAGAGCGACCACCGCCUGCCAGAUCGACGAAUCAGCCUCCGCGCCCGCCCGCCAGCCAGCCACCACCUCCUCCUCUCCAUCCCCCUGUCUGUCGCCUCCACGCACGCAGCACCCCGCUGCCGGCGGCGGCGGCCUCGUUGCGGACGACAAACAACUGCUAGUUCUUGGGGAUGCCCGCCCGUCCCCUCCUAACAUUCUUCACCGUUUCCAUUUAAAAAUCCCUCUUGGCUCUUGUGCUCCGCUCCGCUCUCCUCUCAGUUUCUGUAUAUAUUAGCUGCUGAUUGCGGGGAAGCAAAUCUCGGUCUGUCCAUCCUUUUACUUCGCUAGCUCCUCCGCCUCUUUGUUCUUGCUGUCGGUGCUGAGCUAAGCUGGGCGGCAGCUUUGUUGGUGUGCAUUCCGGCCGUGGGGAGAUGAAGAAUGGGCACGCCGAAAAGCACCGGGUGGCCGUCAUCGGCAGCGGCAACUGGGGCAGCGUCGCCUCCCGCCUCAUCGCCUCCAACACCGCCAAACUGCCCGCCUUCCAUGAUGAAGUAAGGAUGUGGGUGUUUGAAGAAACAUUGCCGACGGGUGAGAAGCUAUCUGAGUCCAUUAACCAGGCGCAUGAGAACUGCAAAUACUUGCCUGGUAUAAAGCUUGGAACUAAUGUCAUUGCCGACCCUGACUUGGAGAGUGCAGUCAAAGACGCAGAUAUGCUGGUUUUUGUGACCCCCCAUCAGUUUGUGGAGGGUAUAUGUAAGAAGCUUGUGGGCAAAUUAAGACCCGGAGCAGAGGCUAUAUCUCUCAUCAAGGGCAUGGAGGUAAAGAUGGAAGGACCAUGCAUGAUAUCAAAAUUAAUUACUGAUACACUUGGAAUCAAUUGUUGCGUCCUCAUGGGUGCUAACAUUGCAAAUGAGAUUGCUGUUGAGAAGUUCAGUGAAGCAACAAUUGGAUAUCGGGAAGAUAAACAUGCAGCGAAUCGUUGGGCUAAACUUUUCUCCACUUCUUACUUCUUGGUUGCUGUUGUAGAAGAUAUCGAGGGAGUAGAACUAUGUGGGACACUGAAAAAUGUUGUGGCCAUUGCAGCAGGCCUUGUCGAUGGCUUGGAUAUGGGAAACAACACCAAGGCUGCAAUAAUGAGGAUUGGUUUGCGGGAAAUGCGUGCUUUCUCUAAGCUUCUGUUCCCUUCAGUCAGAGACAACACUUUCUUUGAGAGCUGUGGUGUGGCUGACCUUAUAACUACAUGUCUUGGUGGCAGAAACAGGAGAGUGGCAGAAGCCUUUGCAAGAAACGGCGGCAAAAGGUCUUUUGAUGAGCUAGAGGCAGAGAUGUUGCAUGGACAGAAACUCCAGGGGGUAUCUACUGCAAGAGAGGUCUAUGAAGUAUUGACUUAUCAUGGGUGGCAGGAGCUGUUUCCGCUUUUAUCAACUGUGCAUGAGAUCUGUAUCGGACAACUGCCUCCUACAUCGAUAGUUGAAUACAGUGAGCACACACCCAACCUCUCCCUCAUCGGUGGUUCUACUCCAUGUUACUGAGCUAGAUGCUGAAAUCUGUAUUACUGCCUCCGUUCCCACUAUGACUUGUUAUGAUCAAAACAAGGCGGGGUAUUCUGGAUGUUUUGAUAUGAUUGUUCCGCCAUGUAACUUUUGAAGGGCAUGCCCCUCUUAGUCCAUGCUUCAGUUUCCAGUUGGUUGAAACUUGGUUUCUAAUCUUACAAAGAAAUCAGUGAAUUAGAUGGUGUGUUUGAUGACCCUUGACCCUCAAGUGCGGAAAAACACCAAAAAUAUGUACUUCGUGUUGAAAGGUUGAACUAGAUCCCAUGCAUCCACUCCAGGUUGCCUGAAAAUCAUGAAUCGGUGAUCUUUGAGCUAUUCAUUUC